GAAUCUGGCAUAUCAGCAGACUGGAGAUAGAAGCAAUAUUCGGACUGAGCCCGGAGGGGGCGCUACUAAGAGGGAGGAAACUGUGCGGCGGCAGGCGCAAUAUGAUUCAAGGGGGUCGAUACAUGGAGGACAUUGCGCUGUGCGGCAGGGGGCGGAGUCACAGCGGAGAUGAGAGCCGUCUGAAAGCACGUGAUGCCGCACUGGGACCCACAAUGCAGAGCGGCAGGAAGGUUCCUUUAAGGUGUCAGGAUGUCCAUGGAGAAGUGGGAGUAUAUAGAAGGACACAAGGAUCGGUACGAGGACGCCAUGAUGGAGGACCACCGACCCCUCACAUUAACGGAUGGAUCCAGGAGGAGAAAUCCUUCAGAAAGAUGUCCCCGUCCUCUGUAUUCCCAGGACUGUCCAGAGGAGAAGGUCCCAGAGAACCAUCAGGUAGAUGGAGCUGAUAUUAAGGAUGAGGUUAAAGAUGAAGCAGAAGAGGAGAUGGAUUUAUGGACCGAUCAGCAGUAUGGAUCCAGGAGGAGAAAUCCCCCUGAGAGAUGUCCCCGUCCUCUGUAUUCCCAGGACUGUCCAGAGGAGAAGCUCCCAGAGAACCAUCAGGUAGAUGGAGCUGAUAUUAAGGAUGAGGUUAAAGAUGAAGCAGAAGAGGAGAUGGAUUUAUGGACCGAUCAGCAGUAUGGAUCCAGGAGGAGAAAUUCUUCAGAGAGAUGUCCCCUUCAUCUGUAUUCCCAGGACUGUCCAGAGGAGAAGGUCCCAGAGAACCAUCAGGUAGAUGGAGCUGAUAUUAAGGAUGAGGUUAAAGAUGAAGCAGAAGAGGAGAUGGAUUUAUGGACCGAUCAGCAGUAUGGAUCCAGAAGGAGAAAUCCUUCAGAGAGAUGUCCACUUCCUCUGUAUUGUCAGGACUGUCCAGAGGAGAAGCUCCCAGAGAACCAUCAGGAUGAAAAUCUGAUUGAUAUUAAGGCUGAGGUUAAAGAUGAAGCAGAAGAGGAGACAGAUUUAUGGACCGAUCAGCAGUAUGGAAUCAUAGAAAGAAAUCCCCCCGAGAGAUGGAUUGCUGACAUAAAAAGGCUGGUCUCUAGAUAUUACUGGUGGUCCUCUAAGUCUAGGGAUAUUUCUGCUCAUGUAUCUACCUGUGAGGUUUGUGCUCAUUUCAAGACUCCCAGGAAAUGUCCUGCUGGUGACUAUCUCCAAGUUGGGGGCCGCGAUUUAGGGCGGAUCAUCCGAGUAGGAAAUCCCAGUAAGAACAUUAUAUUAUCUCUCCAUUAUAAAGCAGAUGAUGAAGGUAUCGUACAGCGCUCUUCAGGAGAAAUCCUCACUACCCGUAAUGUACACCCAGGACCUCACAGUACAGAUCUAUCACAUAAUCAUGAGGAACCUGCUGACCAAUCACAGAUUGCUACCACAAGUACUGGGAAGAACGAGGGUCAAAGGUUUCAGUGUGAUGAAUGUGGGAAACAGUAUUCAUGCAGAUCAGUCCUUGUCAGACACCGAAGACUUCACACUGGAGAGAAGCUGCAUUCAUGUUCAGAAAGUUGGAAAUGUUUUACUGAUCAAUCAAGUCUUUUUAGAGACAGAAGUCACACAGAAGAGAAGCCGUAUUCAUGUUCACAAUGUGGGAAAUGUUUUAGAGAGAAAUCAUGUCUUGUUAUACAUAAGAAAAUUCACAAAGGAGAGAAGCCAUAUUCAUGUUCAGAAUGUGGGAAAUGUUUUAGAGACAAAACACGUCUUAAAAUACAUGAGAGGAGUCACACAGGAGAGCAGCCGUAUUCAUGUUCAGAAUGUGGGAAAUGUUUUAGAGACAAAUCAAGUCUUACAAUACAUAAGAGAAGUCACACAGGAGAGAAGCCAUAUUCAUGUCCAGAGUGUUGUAAAUGUUUUAUGCUUAAAUCACAGCUUGUAAUACAUGAGAGAAGUCACACAGGAGAGAAACCAUAUUCAUGUUCAGAAUGUGGGAAAUGUUUUAGAGACAAAUCAAGUCUUACAAUACAUGAGAGGAAUCACACAGGAGAGAGGCCGUAUUCAUGCUCAGAAUGUGGGAAAUGUUUUAUGCGUAAAUCACAUCUUAUAACACAUGAGAGAAGCCACACAGGAGAGAAGCCAUAUUCAUGUCCAGAAUGUGGUAAAUGUUUCAGAGAUAAAUCAAGUCUUAAUACUCAUAAGAGAAGUCACACAGGAGAGAAGCCAUAUUCAUGUCCAGAAUGUGGGAAAUGUUUUAGAGAUAAAUCAAGUCUUAAUACUCAUAAGAGAAGUCACAAAGGAGUGAAACCAUAUUCAUGUCCAGAAUGUGGGAAAUGUAGAGACAAAUCAAGUCUUAAACUACAUGAGAGAAGUGACACAGGAGAGAAGCCAUAUUCAUGUCCAGAAUGUGGAAAAUGUUUUAGAGACAAAUUAAAUCUUAAAAUAAAUGGGACAGAUCACACAGGAGAGCAGCCUUAUUCAUGUUCAGAAUGUGGGAAAUGUUUUCUGCAUAAAUCAAGUCUUAUAAUACAUGAGAGAACACACACAGGAGAAAGGCCGUAUUCAUGUUUAGAAUGUGGGAAUUUUUUUAUGUGUAAAUCAUAUCUUAUAAUACAUGAGAGAAGUCAUACAGGAGAGAAGCCGUAUUCGUGUUCAGAAUGUGGAAAAUGUUUUAGAGAUAAAUCAAGUCUUAAUACACAUAAGAGAAGUCACACAGGAGAGAAGCCGUAUUCAUGUCCAGAGUGUUGUAAAUGUUUUAUGCUUAAAUCACAGCUUGUAAUACAUGAGAGAAGUCACACAGGAGAGAAACCAUAUUCAUGUUCAGAAUGUGGGAAAUGUUUUAGAGACAAAUCAAGUCUUACAAUACAUGAGAGGAAUCACACAGGAGAGAGGCCGUAUUCAUGCUCAGAAUGUGGGAAAUGUUUUAUUCGUAAAUCACGUCUUGUAACACAUGAGAGAAGCCACACAGGAGAGAAGCCAUAUUCGUGUCCAGAAUGUGGUAAAUGUUUCAGAGAGAAAUCAAGUCUUAAUACUCAUAAGAAAAGUCACACAGGAGAGAAGCCAUAUUCAUGUCCAGAAUGAGGUAAAUGUUUUAUGCUUAAAUCACAGCUUAUAGUACAUGAGAGAAGUCACACAGGAGAGAAACCAUAUUCAUGUUCAGAAUGUGGGAAAUGUUUUAGAGACAAAUCAAGUCUUACAAUACAUGAGAGAAAUCACACAGGAGAGAAGCCGUAUUUAUGUUCACAAUGUAGAAAAUGUUUUAGAAAGAAAUCAAGUCUUAAAAGACAUGAGAAAAGUCACAUAGGAGAGCAGCUGUAGUCCUGUUCAGAAUGUGGGAAAUGUUUUAUAUAUAAAUCAUGUCUUGAAAUACAUGAGAGAUUUCACACAGGAGAGCAGCCAUAUUCAUGUUCAGAAUGUGGUAAUUGUUUUGGAAA